CAAAAAAAAAAAAGCUUCUUCUAACAAAAUGUCGACAACAAGACGAUGACGUAAUCCGAAUGUGCAAUUUCGAUUUAGAUUAACAAUCGAACGAACAACGUCGAACUUGCAGCUCAAAGCCUCAAGCCUAAGUAUUCGUCGAGCUUAAGGUGGAAGCUUCUCUUGGAUUGUGCGACUCCUUUUGCUUCCAUGGCAGUUUCUUUAGCAGCAGAAUCGGAGGAUUCAUCUUCUCGAUCUCUGUGGAAGUACGAUGUCUUCCUCAGUUUCAGAGGAGAAGACGUUCGGGAGAAAUUCGUCAGCCAUCUCUACGAAGCUCUCAACGAAGAAGGAAUCAUAACCUUCCAUGACGACAGAAAUCUUGAGAAAGGCGAUUUCAUCUGGGAAGCACUCGAAGAAGGGAUAAACCAGUCGCGAUUCGCAAUCGUGGUGAUUUCCGAAGGGUACGCUGAGUCUCAGUGGUGCUUGAGAGAGCUUUCGUUUAUGGUCGAAUUAGCCGAGAAGAAACGCCUCGAAUUGAUCCCUGUAUUCUAUGAAAUUGACCCGUCAAUUUUGAAGAGCCGAUUCGGGUGUUUCAAGAAAGCUUUCGAGAAGCAUGAGGUGAGAUUUGAUCAGGAGACGGUGAGUAGAUGGAGAAGUGCUUUGGCUACAGUUGGUAACAUCUCUGGCUGGGAUUCCAAAAAGAACGAGGACUCAAAGCUUGUACAGAAGAUUGUUCAAAAUAUUUGUGACAGGUUAUACUCAGAUUCAGAGCCAUCAGACGAAACAAGUGAACUGGUUGGGAUGUAUUUCCAUAAGAAACGCAUGGAGUCUCUCUUAUCAAUGGACUCUGAAGAUGUUCAAAUGGUAGGAGUCUGGGGUAUGGGAGGCAGAGGGAAAACAACCAUCGCUAAGUAUGUUUUCGAUGGCCUCUCGAGUCAGUUCCCUGCUCGUUGCUUUGUAGAAAACGUGAAAGCUGAUUCCCAAAAACAUGGUGCAUCACAUUUGCGGAAGCAGAUCAUGUCUGAAAUCUUCCCCAAAAGCCCCCUUAAUGCACGGUGCAUCAACUCUGAUGCGAUGAAGCGAAGGUUACGUGGCAAGAAGGUUCUUCUCGUCCUCGAUGAUGUCGAUGACGUUCAACAACUGCAAGAACUGGCUGGGAAGUGCGAGUGGUUUGGACCAGGAAGCAGGAUCAUUAUAACAACAAGAGACAAGCGUGUCUUGGAGGAGCAUUCUGUGAAACGCGUUUAUGAAGUGAAGCCUCUUUGGACUACCCAAGCAAUUAAGCUAUUUAGUAAGCAUGCUUUCAAAAUGAAUCGGCCACAAGAAGAAUUCAGAGAACUCUGUUUAGAUAUUGUCGAGCAACUUGGUGGUCUUCCAUUAGCGCUUCGAGUCAUGGGUGCAUCUCUAUACGGCCGGAAAAUAGCGUUUUGGGAAGAUAAGCUAUGUAUACUGAAGAACAGCCUUGAUAAAUCUAUCUCGAAUAGGUUAAAACUAAGUUAUGAUGCUCUCGAUGAGCAUGAAAAAAUUGUGUUUCUUUAUGUUUCCGGUUGUUUCAACGGGGAAUAUAUGGAUCGAGCGAUAAUGGCACUGGACCCUUUUGUGAUUAAGUCUGAACCAAGGCUAGUAACUCUGAUGGAGAAGUCUCUAAUUAGUAUGUCUCACAAUACGAGGCUAUGGGUUCAUGAUUUACUUCAGGACAUGGCUAAAGAUAUCAUUUGUGAAGGAAAAUUGGAUAAACCAUGGAAGCGUAAAAUGCUGUGGAACUUUUUGGAUGUUAAAGGCUUGUUCACCGAAAAUAUGGGAAAUAAAGACAUCGAGGUUGAAAGUAUAUUGCUCAACAUGGCUGAAGAAACAGGGCUUUGCAUUAACCCAGCAACGUUUAAGAGGAUGAUCAAUCUCAAAUUUCUUAAAAUUCAUAAUAAUUUCACUGUUCAAGGGAGCAAAGUGUGCAUGGUCGAUGAUUUUGACUACCUCCCUUCACUAAGAUACCUUCACUGGGAGGGUUACACUCUAAAGUCAUUGCCUUCACGAUUCAACACUGAAAAUCUGGUUACGCUCAUACUCCUUGAUAGCUCAGUUGAAACAUUAUGGAGCGGAAGUCAGGACCUUGGGAGUCUAAAACACAUGAACCUUAACAGAUGCAGAAAUCUGAUUGAAAUCCCAGACCUUUCCAAGGCAAGGAAUCUCGAUAGUUUACGCCUUUGUGAUUGCGAAAGUUUAGUUGAGCUCCCUUCUUCACUUGGUCAUCUCGAUAAGUUAGUUUCGCUGUCCAUGAUAAAUUGCAAGAAACUCAAGAAUCUCCCGCCUAACAUCUACUUGAAGUCCCUCAAAGCUCUUAAUCUAGACGGAUGCACGAAUAUAGAAGAAUUUCCGUUAGUUUCCAACGAUAUUGAAAAGUUGGGACUGAGCUACACAUCAAUCGAAGUAGUCCCCAAUUCGAUCGACCGUCUGUCAAAGCUCGUAGAGCUGCGUUUAGCACAUUGCAAGAAACUGAAGAAUCUCCCUGACACCAUAGGGAGUUUGGACUCACUCAUACAUCUAACGCUUGCUUGUUGUCCCAACAUCACAGUAUUUCCAUUGCUUGGAAAUGGAGUAGAGAUACUGUCCUUUAAUGAAACACCGAUCCAAGAAGUGCCCUCUUGGAUAGGCGAUAAGGUGAAUCUCUUGUGUCUUGACAUGUCCGAGUGCAAGAGGCUCCAUAAUCUCCCUCACUCGUUGAGAAACCUGAAAAAGCUGAAGUUGCUUUAUCUGCGAGGAUGCAUUAGUAUCACUGAGAUCCCACAGGUUGCAGGGGAAAUGAGAAGGUUGGAUUUAUAUGGCACGUCAAUAGAAAAAUAUGGAGUCCUCUCUGAAGAGGAAGCACUUGAGUUGCACAAUCGUGAUAUGGACUUCCUGAAAGGGUUUCUCACUCGGUAUGUCCGGAAAUACAAGAGAAAACGGAGCUCUAGAUAGUUGAUGAAUGCUCGUGGACUCGGAUUUGCCGUCUAAGUAUUUAAUCCUCGGAGAGACAUAACAGAAGAUCAUCAAUGAAAGACAGGAUUAUAAAUGUAAACAAACGGAUUUCAAGAACAGUGAGUUGGUUGCUGUGUCGAGUUCCUCAGCUUAAAGAAGAGAGACGGUAAAAUCGGAAAAAAACAUGACAUUCUGAUUGAUCUAUUUUGGGAACUUGAGAAGAUAAGCGAUUCCACAGGUAAUGAAACGGAACCUCUGGUUAACUGGAGAUGAAAAAGAACCACCAUUGUUAUGAGUUAUGACAAUAUUGCCAUUGGAAAAGGAAUAUUUAAUAAUGCAGCACAUGUACCACAUCUAUCUUUUCUAAAUUUGAGUUUGAUAAUUAUUAUUUUAUAUUAUUAUUUG